AUGGUAGGGUCAGCGUCCUUGGGUUAUGAUUUUGGCUCUGGAUCACUAGUUCGGUUGUCAUGGGAUGUACUGAUAGAUGGCGCUGUUCUGUUCAAAGCGAUUCCUGCAUCGCGCUGGCAAGAUGUUCUCGCGAAUAAUGACUACCGACGGCUCGAGCAUAGCAAAGCAUACUUACCUGGCGUAGGGGACACCGUGAUCAAGAAGGCGGUUCCCCCAGAGCGAGGCCCUUCCAUUGCACUGCGGCUGGGU